UUUGAUUUGUCUCAUUCAGGAUGUAGAGACGUUGGAGACAAUAUUGCAAAACAAUAAUGUUCAACAAAGAAUACACACUUUGAUCAUCGGAUCUGCACCAAUCUUACUAAAUUUAUCAAUUUUGCCUGGUAAUCACAUGCCCAUCUCUUCCUAUAAUUCCCCUGUUUGAUGUCUCUCUACCAAUGCGAUUUUGCUCUUGGGAGAUUACUGAGUGGGGAUCUUUAAAAUCAUGUAGCUGCCUUGAUGCUCUAAAUUUGUAUCCCUUUUUUAAUUGUUCAGAUCCGUGUUAUGGGACCUGCUCUGUUUUCCUCUGAUCUGGAAGGGUAGGUGAACUAAGUUGGUAAGGGGAUUGGAUUACGAUACAGGCCAUUCUUCGGCUGCUUACAUCUGCCUCGAGGUACUUACAAGCAAAACCAUUCUUCUAACCAUUUAGUCUUUCCACGGUUUGUUUCAGCACAAAACCUGGUAAGAGAGGCGCCCAGUAAGAAGCCACAAUGAAGCACAGCGGUGGGAACCAAGCCUGCUAUGUUCUUGGUCAAAAGACCCCAAGCAUCCGAGAUCUCUACUCGUUGGGACAUAAACUAGGUCAAGGACAGUUUGGGACGACUUACAUGUGCAGAGAGAUCUCAACAGGGCAUGAAUACGCGUGCAAGUCUAUAACAAAACGAAAGUUGAUAUCUAAGGAAGAUGUGGAAGAUGUGCGCAGGGAAAUUCAAAUCAUGCAUCAUCUGGCUGGUUACAAGAACAUUGUCACCAUUAAAGGUGCUUAUGAGGAUCCUUUGUAUGUUCACAUCGUGAUGGAGCUCUGCUCAGGUGGGGAACUGUUUGAUAGAAUUAUCUAGAGAGGGCAUUACAGCGAGAGAAAAGCAGCUGAGCUGAUAAAGAUCAUUGUUGGUGUUGUUGAGGCUUGCCAUUCGCUUGGUGUCAUGCAUAGAGAUCUAAAGCCCGAAAAUUUCUUGUUAGUUAACAAGGACGAUGACUUCUCUCUUAAAGCCAUUGAUUUUGGGCUUUCCGUGUUCUUCAAACCAGGUCAAAUAUUCGAGGAUGUGGUUGGAAGUCCGUAUUAUGUUGCACCUGAGGUUCUGCUCAAGCAUUACGGACCAGAGGCUGAUGUGUGGACCGCAGGGGUCAUACUGUACAUAUUGGUGAGCGGAGUCCCUCCGUUCUGGGCAGAAACACAGCAAGGGAUCUUUGAUGCAGUGCUGAAGGGACACAUUGACUUUGAGUCUGAUCCUUGGCCCCUAAUAUCUGACUCUGCGAAAAACUUGAUCCGUGGCAUGCUAUGCUCCCGGCCGUCUGAGCGACUGACAGCUCAUCAAGUAUUGCGCCAUCCUUGGAUCUGCGAAAAUGGAGUUGCGCCAGACAGAGCACUAGAUCCUGCUGUGCUUUCUCGUCUUAAGCAGUUUUCUGCAAUGAAUAAACUAAAGCAGAUGGCUUUAAGGGUAAUAGCCGAGAGUCUCUCCGAGGAAGAAAUUGCUGGAUUGAAGGAAAUGUUCAAAGCAAUGGACACGGAUAACAGUGGAGCGAUUACAUUCGACGAGUUGAAAGCUGGGUUGCGAAGAUAUGGCUCUACCCUCAAGGAUACUGAGAUCCGGGACCUUAUGGAGGCUGCAGAUAUUGACAAGAGUGGGACCAUAGAUUAUGGUGAAUUCAUAGCUGCAACGAUCCAUCUAAACAAAUUAGAGCGUGAGGAACAUCUUCUCUCAGCCUUCAGGUACUUUGACAAAGAUGGGAGCGGUUACAUCACAAUCGAUGAGUUACAGCAUGCAUGUGCUGAACAGGGAAUGAGUGAUGUAUUUCUCGAAGAUGUGAUCAAAGAAGUAGACCAAGACAAUGAUGGAAGGAUUGACUACGGAGAGUUUGUAGCUAUGAUGCAGAAAGGCAUUGCUGGAAGAACAAUGAGAAAAAGCAUAAACAUGAGCCUCAGGAACAAUGCCGUCUCACAGUGACAAAAAAAAAAACACGAUCUCACAAUUAUGUACAGAGCUGGCCCAAGAUAUGCAAAAGCUACAAAGCUCUGCAGAAAUAUGGUUCACAUGGUAUGGAUCUUUCCCCGUAAAGAUUGAAUCAAUAAAGGCUCUGCACUCUACAAUGAACUGAUAUGUAUUAAGAUAAACUUAAUCAACAUAUAGGAAGUCAUAGGAGAUUAUUGUAAAUUGACUUAUAUGCACACAUCCUAUAACAAAAAUAAUAAGAAUGGUUACUGUGGAUUUAAAUGAUGAUU